UGUUUGUUGUCGAGCAAGAUGGAGUUCCUUUUGGGAAAUCCUUACACUACCCCAGUGGGGCAUUGCAUUGAGAGAGCCACCGAUGGCUCUCUGCAAAAUGAAGACUGGACCCUUAACAUGGAGAUAUGUGACAUCAUCAAUGAAACAGAGGACGGGCCAAAGGAUGCGAUUAGAGCGGUGAAGAAGAGACUGAAUGGCAACAGAAACUAUAAGGAGGUGAUGUUGACUUUAACGGUCCUGGAGACGGGUGUGAAGAACUGCGGCCAUCGUUUUCAUGCGUUGGUCACUAGCAGGGACUUUGUUGAUGGCGUGCUCGUUAAAAUCAUCUCCCCUAAAAACAACCCCCCGACAAUCGUUCAAGACAAAGUACUUGCCCUGAUUCAGGCGUGGGCCGAUGCGUUCAGGAGCAGUCCGGACCUUACGGGUGUGGUCCAAAUCUACGAGGAGCUCAAGAGGAAAGGCAUCGAGUUCCCCAUGUCCGAACUGGAGACCCUGUCGCCUAUACACACACCUCAGCGGUUGGCCUUUGGCCCAGAGAGCGACUCCACCCUACAUCAGUUCAGCCCCCCCCCUCAGCCCCUACCACAGGCUGUCCCACCUGCCUUCACCGCCCCUCAGGUGCCCAGCGUUCCUGCCUCUGGAUCCAUCAAUCCUACAUCUGAACAGAUUUGCCGGCUGCGCAGCGAACUCGACGUUGUUCGUGGAAACUCCAAAGUGAUGUCGGAGAUGUUGACUGAGAUGGUCCCAGGACAGGAGGAUGCUUCAGACUACGAGCUGCUACAGGAGCUGAACAGGACUUGUAGAUCCAUGCAGCAGAGGAUGAUGGAGCUCAUCUCCUGUGUGUCCAAUGAGACGGUGACUGAGGAGCUGCUGCAUGUCAACGAUGACCUCAAUAACAUUUUCCUACGCUACGAAAGGUAUGAGAGGUUCCGGUCUGGGAGGUCAUUGGUUCAGAGUGUCAACAAUGGGGUCCUGAGUGAGGCGACAGAGGACAACCUCAUCGACCUCGGCCCGGGCUCCCCGGCGGUGGUCAGCAACAUGCGGGGCGCCGCCUCGCCGGCCCCGACCGGCCCGCCGCCCACUGUCACCGCCACCGCGGCGAGGCCCUCCUCCCCGGCCACCUUGGCCUCCCGCCUGGCCGGCCUCGACGUGGGUGCCGACAGCGUGAGCAGCACCUUGAGCUCUCUGUCCAGCUGUCAGCCGCCCGCUGGCCAGGAUGACUUUGACGUGUUUGCCCAGACCAGGACGGGAGCUCUGCCCGACACGCUCAAGACAGCGGCAGCAGAAGACGGCCACGCCCCCGACGGCGCUCCUCCCACUCUGGACGUCCAGCAGCCGACUGCAGGAGGGGGCGUCGGAGGCCAGUCCUCUGUCAUGGAUGACAUAGAGGAGUGGCUAUGUACCGAUGUGAUCGGGGAUGAAGGUGAAGAAGGCGUGACGAGUGAAGAGUUCGACAAGUUCCUCGAGGAGAGAGCCAAAGCUGCCGAGAUGGGGCCCAGUUUACCGUCGCCCCCUAGUGGCGAGCCGGGUGCAGCGCAGGGAACCCCCAACCGCAAGAAGCCGGACCGGCCGGAGGACGCUUUGUUCGCCAUGUAGACCUUUGACCUCUGGUCGAAGACCCCGACCAGCCGAGCAGCAUCACCCGAGGACAGACCGACCCGACACUAAAAUACAUCACCGCCCAUUUAUUUUUCUUUCUUUCUUUCAAUCUCACUACAGAUUUGUAAUUUCUCUGCUUGUGAAAAGGGGAUUAUUCACGCUCUGCGUUCAUUCUCACGAGAGAAGGAGAAACCGAACGAAUGGCCUGGUCUGACGCUGACGAUGGAUCUCCCUGCACAUGACGACAGACUCAGAGGCUUCCCUCCUCCUCCUGCUCCUCCUUUCAAGUGUGAGGGAUCUCCCUCCACCCGCCGUGCCCCGCAGAGCUUCAUGUUGCAGCUAAUCUUCAAGAAGAGUUUUAUAAAAGGAUUAGUAGGAAAUCUAUUUCUUACCCGUGAACCCAUUAACACCAACAUUAUUGAUCAUUUAAUUUUUAAUAUUCGCAAUCCUCCCCUGACAGAAACCGUAUUGCAGUCCAAGUGUAAAUCUGUAAAUGACACAAGUCAAGUGUAUUAGUUGUGUGUGUGUAUAUUUGAGCUACAGAGAAAGAGAUGUUGAUUUAACGUAGAUUAUUUAGUCUUUAUCGUGCAGCUGCUUUGACAAGAGGGAUGUACUCACCAGCUGUUUCACACGUCAAAAGGGAAUCGUGUAGACACCUGAUGAUCUACAAAGACUCAUUUAAAAUAUCGGUUUUCUAUUGGCAACAGAUAGCCUCUAAAUCACAUGUUGGAGACGCGUCGUUGACAAACUCAACCUCAGCUGGAGUUGUUGUUGAGAUCAUGUUGCUGAGAUUUUAUUCACCUAAAGCUGCUGACUUUGAUUUAUUUUCUUCUUCCAUCCGCUGAGAAAGACGCGGUGUGUGUGUGAUCCUCUUGUGUGAGCUUUGAUCCUCUUCUGGGCACAGAGGGAGUGGUCUUGUUAUUUUUGAACAGACUCCCAGUCGGAGAGACACACACACAUACGCUGUCUUGUUGGUGAGUUUAGUUUUUUUACUCAUUCGCUGUCGGUUUUAACUCCAUUUUUAAGUAGAUUCGGACCAAAAUGUUGCUUUUUAUUCUUCACGCGGAAGGAAAUGCCUUUGAUACUUUAGGGUUGUCGUUACACAAUCGCCUCCCCCGUCUUUUGAAUCCUCAGCUUAAUACCCAGGGAUGGAAUGAGAAUGAAAACGUCACACUACAAAAGCUGUUUGCGUAUUAUAUAUCCAUAUGUUUUUAGUUUUGUUCCCCUUCAUUUCUCUGCUGACAUCUUAAAGGGCCUGACAUUUUCCACAUGACAUUUGUUUAGAGUGCUACAAAUGAGACGUUUGACUCGACAUCACGUGCAACAUGUUACGCAAUCACGACCACCUUAAAACGAGCGGUGCGCUUUCUGACGGCCGCGUUACCUUUUCAACCCGCACUGUAAAUCCGCUCCACGCUGUUAACGGGAUGAGAUUAACCGAAGGACCGCGUUGGGGAAUAUUAGAGCUGGAAGUGUAGAAAUAAUUUAUUCAGAACAAUUGUUUUCCUUCUUCAGAUCAGUAUUUUAAAUAAUUUUAUUGUGCAAAAAGGAAAAUAUGGGAAAUGUUAAGGCACAGACGGAUGAGUUAUGUCAUCAUAAUGUGUGUUUUAGUGUUUUUGUUAAUGGAGUUCAGAUUUUCCUUUUAUACAUUACUGCUGGCUAAUGUAUUUCAUGUUUAACAGUUAUAUGAAUAUUCUUCUUGGUUUAAUUUGUUCAUACGGUAAAAAUUAUGGACCUAUAAUUCAGCCCAUCACUGAUUCCUAGCUGCGGGAGAACCUCACCAGUUCUCCCAUCAACUCAUGAGGACCUGGUUUCACUCUGAAGUAUCACACAGCAGAACACACACUUUUUGAAUGGAAAACGUGUGUCGGUUUCUGUAGCGCACAACAUUUGAAAAAAAGAAGCCUACAAAUUGUUUUAAAGCAUACGGGUCGGUACCAUCCUGUUUGGUACCGACCCGCCUUACAUCGGCGUGGCGCUGUGAUGUGUAACUGGUUCUCGGCGAGCCUGAGCCCGUCCUCUGCUCUGGAGGAACAGAGUGUGUCUUUGUCUGUCACUGGUUGAUAUGAAUAGAGAUGCUGAUAGGUGUGUGUGUGUGUGUGUGUGUGUGUGUGUGUGAGUGUGACUGCUUCUUUCUCCGAGUUGCCUCAUCUCCCAGUUCUCUCUCUUGUGUUGUUUGACUUGUGCAUGAACUCUUAAUAAAACAUUCGCAGUGUGUCCAGCA